AUGGAACUGCUCAAGACCGUGUUUGGUCCUGUUUUGGGCUUUACUUUUGCCUUUGUGGUGUUCAUGACAUCUCUGUUUGGCAACUACAUUAUCACCUUGUUGUUGCCCAUGAUCACAGUCUUUAAUAGGCAUAGACAAUGGAGGGAACUUAUGGACCGGGCGGUCACUUUUUGGACUGUCAUUCCUUUGGUAAGGGUAAUAUAUUAAUGUAGCUCUAGAAUACAAUUUUUUUAUGUAGAAAAAGAGGAUAUUGUUAAACUUAUUCAUAAUUCAAAAAUUUUAAAAAAUCCAAAUUUAUUCAAGUUUUUAGUUUUUUCUCAAAUUCGUAUUUCGCAUCAAAGUAAGAGUAACUGGAGAUGAGAUACUGUAUGACAAAGCUGCAGUUGUAGUCAUGAAUCAUCGUACUCGUUUGGACUGGCUGUACUAUUGGAUGGUACUGUGGAGAAUGAAUCCUUGGCUAGCCACGACUAACAAGAUAGCCUUAAAACAACUUUUAAGACAUGUUCCUGGUGUUGGUAUGUAUAGAAGCGUGAAAAUAUAUAUUUUGCAGGCUUUGGAAUGCAAGUACAACAAUUCAUCUUCCUCAAAAGAGAUCUGGAAGUCGACCUGAAGCGACUGACCAGGGCUGUCGAGUAUUAUAGUGACAUGAAUCGACCGUAUCAAGUAAGUUUGUAGGUUUUUAUUUUAAGUCGUUUAGUGGAAACAAUGAAGAACUUUUUUUUUAAUGCAGAUACUAAUGUUUCCCGAAGGCACCGAUAGAACUGCGUUUACACUGAAACGGAGCAGCGAUUUUGCAAAGAAAAAUGGAUUGAAAGAGUUGAAAAACGUGUUGUAUCCGCGCUCAGCAGGCUUUCUACAUCUAGUGAAAGAAAUGAGAAGAAGUAAGAAACAUUUGUCACUUCAAAAACAAUUUUGUUCAACUUAAAAUCUAUUUUAAAAAUGAAAAAUAACACAGAAAACGGCAAAAAGCUUGCUGUCAUCCGCAGGAUUCGAACCUGCGCCCUCCGAAGAGGACUGCGACCUGAACGCAGCGCCUUAGACCACUCGGCCAGAAUGACACGGGGAUUGCUCUCUUCUUUUCCCACCAAAAGAGAAAGGAAAAACGCCAAACAAAACAACACUUUUCGGUCUCUCAAAAGAAAACACUCUCUCUCUUUCAGAUGACUACCUCGAGUACAUCUACGAUGUGACAAUUGCUUAUCCCAAAGAUAUUGUCCAAAAUGAAACUGACAUGGUGCUGAAAGGGAGUCUGCCGUCCGAAGUGCACUACCACAUCAAACGGUACCACAUUAACGAGAUUCCACGAAACGAAGAGGAAUUGAAUCAUUGGCUACACAAGUAAGUUGGCUAGAUAUAUAUGUCAUUUCCGGUAGUGUUUAGUUUAUGUUCUUGUUUUAGUAUUAUAAAUUGAUGUUGUUUUAGGGUGUGGUAUGAGAAAGAAGAGCGAUUGGAACAGUUUUACGCGCAAAAGGCCAAGAACAAACGACAAUUCAACUGCGACGACGGCUUUGUUUGGGUGAGUUACUAUACUUUUUAAUAUUUCCUUCCAAUUUUAGUUGCGAGACGACUUCAGACAGAAUGGAGUUGUGUUCUACGGUCUGCUGUUCUGGGUAUCGAUGGUCUGUGCCUACUUCUACCACUUUACUUUCAUGCCCUUCGUGCAGGUAGGUGCUUUCAAUAAAUUGAGCGAUAUGGUGAUUACGAAGCAUGUUUUGUCUGUUUUUUUGACUUAUAGUUAAAAUUAUUAUCUAACUCUAUAUUACAUAAGUUGACUUUUCUUUUAAUUUUAAAAUUGACAAAAUCUAAAACAACUUUUCAUAAAACAAUCCUUAUUUGUAGUGCACAUUAGUAUUCCUGAUACUAAACUACGUGUACGUGUACGGUCGUUAUGGUUCCAUGGAGAGGUUGAUUUACACUUUAUGGGAGAAGACUACGAAACGAGUUCACGUGGUAUAA